AUGCCGACGCCAGCAGCUCGCGGUGCUGUCGGCCGCCUAUCACCGCUCUCUGUGCCCUCUUCCUCUAGCGCUGUCAGCGUUGCUUCACGUCGCUCCUUUGCCUCACGAUCGAGCACCUCGCUGCCUCGUGUAGAAGCUUCUUCGCCGGCCACCCGCUCGCCUAAAGCGUCGGCUUCCUCUCGGUCUCUUGCCAGCUGGUCCCGCUCCUCCACCGCUCGUCCUCGCUCGUGCAGCUCGUGCGGUCACCAGCUUCCCACUACCUCGCAACGAUCCUUCUCCUCUUCUGCUGUCCACUCCGCCUCCGCCAAGGACCCUUACUCGGUUCUCGGGGUCAAGAAGGACGCCAACACAAAGGACAUCAAGCGCGCCUACUACGACCUCGCCAAAAAAUAUCACCCGGACACCAACAAGGAAAAGGACUCCAAGGAGCGCUUCGUAGAGAUCCAGAAUGCUUACGACCUGCUCAGCGACGACAAGAAACGUGCUGCCUACGAUCAAUACGGCACAACAGACGGCCAGCCAGGCUUCGAUCCUUUCGGCGGCGGAGGCUCCUCCCCCUUCGGUGCAGGUGGCUUUGGUGGAUUCCAGGACUUUGGCGGCUUUUCUAACGCAGGUAACGCGGGCUCCAUCUUUGAGAGCCUCUUUGGCGCUUUUGGCGGCGGAGGCAGGCCCGGCCAGCGCGGCCCCGGAUUUGGAGGUGCAGGCUUUGCAGGCGAGGCCCGAGGCGAGGACCUCGAGACCACCAUCAAUCUCACCUUCGAAGAAGCCUGCAAAGGCACUAAACGCAAGGUAGUCAUCAACCCCAUCGAACGAUGCGGCACCUGCACCGGCUCCGGCCUCAAGCCUGGCGCCAAGAAGAGCACCUGUGCCACCUGCAACGGCACCGGCACGCGUACGUUUGUGAUCCAGAGUGGCUUCCAGAUGGCUACCACCUGUCCAUCGUGCGGCGGUGCUGGCUCGACCGUGGCACCCGGUGACAACUGCAACACCUGUGAUGGCAUCGGAAGAGUGCGCGGACGCAAGGAAGUCGAAAUUGAUCUACCAGCCGGUGUCGACGAUGGCUUCCGCAUUCGCAAAGAUGGCUUUGGAGAUGUUCCGCUCUCCGGCGCCGGUACGCCAGGCUCGCUCUACGUUCGCAUCAAUGUCGCUCCUAGCCGCAUCUGGAGGCGUCAAGGUUCGACGCUCUUUUACCCGGCCACAAUCCCCUUCCAUACAGCCAUCUUGGGCGGCAAGGUUCGGGUGCCCACUUUGGACGGUCCCGUCGAAGUGCGUGUGCCCGCAGGCACCCAAGUGGGCGAAGAGAUGAUCCUGCCUGGCCGAGGUGUGCCAUCGCCGACUCGAUGCGGGCAAAAGGGAGAUCUGAUGGUGCAAUUCGAAGUCAGCAUGCCGCGUUCGCUCACCAAGCGACAGCGUGAAAUCCUGCAGCAGUACGCCGAUGAAGUGGAAGGUCGUUCGUCGUCGUCAUCGUCGACCUCGGGCGAUAGCAACGGCAGCAGCAGCAAAUCUUCCAGCUCUUCGUCGAGCAAGCCGUCCAAGGCAGGUGGUUCGACGGCAUCAUCAUCAAAAGAUACAUCCAAAUCGAGUCAGACUGCGUCUUUUAAACCUUCUCCGCCUCCCUCCGACAAGGCGCAGGCGGGCUCUGCGAGUCCACCAACCAAAAAGGCUUCUGCAGCAGACAGCAAAACAGCUGAAACAACAGCGAAGGAAGCCACGACCGACAAGAACGACGGCAGUGCUCCUACCAAUGACCAAGACAGCAAGGCGAGCGAUGCCAAUGCCAAGUCUGCCUCGUGA